GCUACUCACUUUUCCUCACUCCUGCAGGAUCACACGGACUGACGAGAGCCCUUUCUAAUAGACACCCUCACUGCACAAUGGCCUUUGACGCUUCCCUGGCCAAGCUCCAAGCAGAGGCCAGCUGCCCCAUCUGCCUGGUUCACCUGAGAGACCCAGUGACAAUUGACUGUGGGCACAACUUCUGUUCCUCCUGCAUCCGCCAGCGCUGGGAAGGUCUACGGGGCACCUUUCCUUGUCCUGUCUGCCUCCACCACUGCCCUGACAGGAGCUUGAAGAGGAACCCCCAAUUAUGUGACAUGACUAAGAUUGUUCAGCAGAUCUCCACCUCAGGGAGCCAGAGGAAACUGCAGGGAGAAAUACCCCUGUGUGGGAAGCACAAUGAGGUUCUGACCCUGUUCGAUGAGGAAAACAUGGAGCUUCUGUGUGCUCAGUGCAGGCUCUCCUCCGAUCACCAGGAUCAGCGCCUGAUCCCCAUUGAGAAAGCUGCAGCUAGUCACAGGUGGAUGCUCAAAGGGCUCAUUUGGAUCUUCACUAAUCACCUUGAAGUUUCUGAAACGAUAUUUACACAAGUUGCAAAUACUUGGAAAGUGAAGGAAAAGAUGGAAAAGUGGAGGGAGGAAUUGCACUGUGAAUGUAAUCAAUUUAAGUAUUCCUUGGAAAUAGAGCAAGAUGAGAUUGAUAUUAAUCUGUUUAUAGAAGAGAAGGAUGUUGAAGAAAAACUAAUUGAGAAUGGAAGGCACAUUUCAAACCACAUGUUUAGGCUAAGCAAUCUGUUAAUUGAAAUAGAAGAGAAAUGUUUGCAGACAGACCUGGACUUACUUAUAGGUAUUGAAAGUAACCAUAACAGUUAUGAGAACCUAGAGCCCCCAGCAUUAUUUGCAUGUGAAUUAAAGAAGGAUAGUUUCUUUCUCCCCCCAAAUUAUUUGGGCCUGCAUAAAAUGACCCACACGUUUCCUGUAGAUUUGACACUGGAUCCUGAAACUGCCCAUCCAAGUCUCAUUAUCUCAAGAAAGAGAAAAAUUGUGUGCUAUAGGCCAUCAUUUGAUCUUCAUAAUUCCCAGGCACACACUUCUUACCCAGCUGUCCUGAGUUGUGAGGGUUUUGAAGCUGGCAGGCAUUUUUGGCAGGUAGAAAUAAGAGGCAUAGGUGAAUGUUCGUUAGGUGUAUGUAAAGAAUCUUUCCCCAGAAAUACUCUCAUAUCACCAUCCCCAAGCAAUGGAUGCUGGAUUCAUACAUUUGGCCCUUUCCCUUUAGGACAAAGACAGAUUGGUGUUUUUCUGGACUAUGAGUUGGGAGAGGUUUCAUUUUAUAAUUUGAAUAACUACUCAUACUUGUAUGGAAUCACUGCUACAUUUACAGGAAAACUUAGGCCUUAUUUCUCCAUUGCAUCUUUAGACUCUCUUCUAAUCAGAAUCAUCAGAGUCUAA